UCCGCUGCAAAGACCGUCAAAGCUGCGUCUCAAAGAGUCUGGUUUGUGACGGUCGUUCUCAUUGCCGGGAUGGCUCAGAUGAGGUCAACUGUCCGAAUGAAACUCCUCCAGCUCAAGCAAACAUCCUGAAGUGUCGCAUGGGCUCCAGACUGUGUCAAGAUGGGGCAGAAUGUGUUCUCCUUAGUCACGUUUGUGAUGGAGAGAGAGACUGCCGGGAUGGAUCAGAUGAAGUAGGAUGUGAAAGUGUCCCUUCAAAUGAAUCUCCUGCACCGGUCAAGCCAUUUACUCAGCCUCCAAAGCCGUCCUGCACCAGCCCUAAAGUUCUUUGUCCAGGUUCUUCUUUGUGCAUUAACCCUAAACAGCUGUGUGAUGGAAAGAGAGACUGCCCUGAUGGAUUUGAUGAGAACUGUGUAAAUAGAUGCCCUUAUAAAACGGACUUCCGCUGCAAAGACCGUCGAAGCUGCGUCUCAAAGAGCCUAGUUUGUGACGGUCGUUCUCAUUGCCAGGAUGGCUCAGAUGAGGUUGACUGUCCGAGCAUAGCUUUACCUGCAGCUCAAACUUCACCUGCAGCUCAAAAAACUGUCCUGAAGUGUCGCAUGGGCUCAAAACCAUGUAUCGAUGGAAAAGAGUGUGUUUUAUUCAGCCAUGUGUGUGAUGGAGAGAAUGACUGUAUAGAUGGAUCUGAUGAACAGGGAUGCUCCGAAACCUGCAAAAAAGGUGAGUUUCAGUGCUCCCACGGAAAAAUGUGCAUCCCUGAGGCUGAGGUGUGUGAUGGCAAGUCGCAGUGUCGGGACCAGUCUGAUGAACUGGACUGCUGGAAGCAAACCAAGAGCUGCGAGCACCGCUGUAUCGAUGGCAAUCGCUGCAUCCCAAAGAAGUUCCUGUGUGAUGGAGAGAAAGACUGCCUAAAUGGCACCGAUGAGGUGGGCUGCGACACAGUUACUGCUGCAACAACAGAGUCUGCUGUUCACACUCCUGUAUCAACUUGCAUCACGCCUUCAGUUCUCUGUCCAGGUUCAUCACUGUGUAUCUUUCAAAAUCAGCUGUGUGAUGGACAAAGAGACUGCCCUGAUGGAUUUGAUGAAAAUAGCUGUAUAGCCCAAUGCAAAAACCCAGACGACUUCUUAUGCAGCGACCGGAGGGCAUGCGUCCCCAAGAUGAAAGUAUGUGACGGUCGUUCCCACUGUCCCGACGGCUCAGAUGAGAAGCGGUGUCAAUCAGCAAAUCCUACUGCUCCCCCCCCCAGUGCCAGAUCAACCCCACUGAUGUGCCGCAAAGGUUUCAAGCCAUGUAAAGAUGGCCUGGAGUGUGUUAUGUACAGCCAUGUGUGUGAUGGAGAGAGGGACUGCCAGGAUGGGUCAGAUGAAGAAGGAUGCGCCGCUCAGUGCAAAGCAGAUGAGUUCCAGUGUUCUCACGGGAAUAGAUGCAUACCAACGGAGAAGGUGUGUGACGGACAGUACGACUGUCAAGACCGAUCCGAUGAAAUGGACUGUUCAAGUCUAACUAAGGGCUGCCAUAAGCGCUGUGAUAACAACACUCGCUGUAUACCAGAGACCUUCCUGUGUGAUGGCGAGAGAGACUGCGCUGAUGGGUCAGAUGAAGAGAAGUGUGGUUUGGUGGCCUGUGCGAUUAACCAGUAUCGCUGUCUUAGCGGUCAAUGUGUGUCUGAGGCCAUGAGAUGUGAUGGAUAUGCUGACUGCAGUGACCACUCUGAUGAGGUGCAUUGCACAAGACCCCCACGCUGCAUGACACAGCUCCAAUGCCCAAACAGUCACGUGUGCCUGCAGAAAGAGUGGCUCUGUGACGGCGAAGACGACUGCAAAGAUGGGUCGGACGAGAAGAACUGCCUGUCAUCAACGGUGAAGUGCAGGGAAUACCAGUGGCAGUGUGGAGACAGCAGUCAAUGCAUCCCUCUUUCCUGGACGUGUGACGGAAAGAGGGACUGCCACAACGGCAUGGACGAGGACAAAUGCAGCCAGAGAAAAUGCCCCUCUCACCUUUACCAAUGUGGCAGCGGAGAGUGUGUGGACCCUCACCUGGUGUGUAAUGGCUUCACUAACUGUGCCGAUAGUUCAGAUGAGGGCGCGGGAUGUGCUCGACGCAACUGCUCCAGCCCAUCAGCUCCUCGGUGUGACCACCACUGUGUCAGCACCCCAAACGAAGCCAGGUGUUACUGUGCUGAAGGUUUUAAACUACCGUCCAGUGGUGUGUCUUGUGUGGACAUUGACGAGUGCAAUGCAGUACCACAUGACGUAUGCAAACACACCUGCCUGAACAGCCGUGGAUCCUACGUCUGUCAAUGCCUUCCUGGCUUCUACCUGGAGCCUGACCGAAAAAGCUGCAAGACCAAAGACGAGCCUUUGCUUCUGGCGUCGGUGCAGUCAGAGCUUUUACUACUGGGAGUCCAUAGUGGCACCUUGCGUCUUUUGUCCUCUGCCAAUCGACCAGUGUUCUCGCUGGAUUAUCACUGGGCUCAACAGAGAGUUUACUGGCUGAGCCCCGACUACCAAAGCAUCCGCUGGGCUGACAUGAUAAACUCAAACAGCCAAGGGACACUCAUCAAAGGCGUAAAGUCAGAUUUCAUUGCGGUGGACUGGAUUGGUAAGAACCUGUACUGGGUGGAUGGACUGGUGGGCCAGAUUCUGACUGUGAAGCUCAGCGACAACACAGUGAGACCUCAGGACUACACUGUGGUCCUGGGGGAAGAUCUGGAGCAGCCAAGCUCACUGGUUCUGCUGCCACACAUUGGGAUGAUGCUUUGGUCUGAGAUCGGCAGCACCCCUCAGAUCGAGCGAUCUGGGAUGGACGGCUCAAAGAGGAAGGUGGUGGUAAGCCGAGCCCUGAGCUGGCCAGUCAGUCUGUCCUAUGACCUCCUGGAUAACCGGGUGUAUUGGGCCGAUGAGAAGCUGCGCUGCAUUGGCUCAGCCUCUCUGGAUGGCGACAAUGUUAAGAUCCUCCAGUUAGACGAAACCCCAAGCCCUUUUUCUGUGGGGGUCUUCAAUGACCGAGUCUACUGGUCUGACACUAAAAGAAGAACGAUCCGCUCUGCUGACAAGAACACCGGCAAAGACCAAAAGGUUCUUCUCAAGAGACCAGGGCAGCCAUUUGGGCUGAAACUGAUGCAUACCCUUUCCCAGCCAGCCAUAUCCAGUCCCUGUGACCAGUUACACUGCUCCCACCUUUGCCUCUUGGCCCCUGCGAUGAGUAGCAAGUCUGUCGCACUGGGGUCUCCGGGAGCUCCAGCUGAGAGGGGGCCUACGGCAGUUUGUCGAUGCCCAAAGGGUCUGCUUCUUUCUAAGGACAAGAUUACUUGCUCUCUGCCUGUGGAUUCAACGUUCAUCCUGCUUUUGUCUCAUACCACAGUCUAUCAGAUUCACUUGUACUCCAUGCGUCAUGAUGGUGUUCCUCUAAAGAAAAUGCCAGGCAAUCGAGCUUUAUCCUUGCCCGGGGUAACUGAGGCCUCAAGACUGGACGUGUCCAUCCAGGGGCUUUCUCUGUAUGUGGCUGAUGCAGGACAAGGAUCUGUGGAUGUGCUGAAACUGAGCAGCUCCAGGUUGAGACAGGCGCUUACACCCUCUGGACAAAUCCUAAAUGUUGGGGAUGAUGUAGUCACGGCUUUGGCAGUUGACUGGGUGACUUCCAGCCUCUACUGGAGCAGCAUCGCAAGGCCUGAUCUCCAUGUGACGUCCCGCCAUGGUGGCUACACCACCUCGCUGCUGCAGGGAUCACUCAAGGGAACUACAUCCAUUGCACUGCAUCCCCCCUCUGGACGACUUUGCUACACAGCAGUAUUUGUGGCAGGAGGAAAGGACCAGAUAGAGGUGAACUGCGCCUGGAUGGAUGGCCGUAACAAAGUAGUGCUGUGGAGGAGGUCGAGCAUGCCCACCUCGCUGGUCUUUACCAAUCAAGGAACCAUGGUAUACUGGGCUGACACUGGUGAAGGUGUUAUCAGCUCCAUUUCAGUGGAUGGAACAGGAUAUAAACAGUACAACACAGGGCCAGGUCUGCUGAUCUCCUUGACACAUACUGAGAACAUCCUACUCUGGGUCACCCUGGACAAUGAUGUUACCAAACUGUGGUUCAGUGACGGUCUCCAGCCUAACCAACUGUGGUUUGAGACAAAAACCAGUGUGGUGGAAGUCAAAGCCUACAGCAACGACAGUCAGUCUGGAACUAAUAGCUGCUCAAACAACAACGGUGGAUGUGUCCAUCUGUGCCUGCCCUAUCCGGGAGGUCGCAUGUGUAAGUGUGGCAGGGGUUUCUACGCCGUCGAUGCCACCUCCUGUGCCCCGCUCUCCAACUGUUCCACUGGGGAAGAAUCCUGCUUUGAUGGUAGCAAGUGUAUCAGCGGCAGCAAAUUCUGUGACGGACACAUGGACUGUCCAGACCAGUCAGAUGAACAGGACUGUCCAAAGCCAAACUCUGCGUCUUUCGGCGGCAAAUCUAGAAGUGGCCGCCCUAUCCAGUCUUCGUCAAACACCGAAAAGGACUCUGUUCUUUCGGUUAAAGACUCUACAUCCUGUGAUCUCCAACACUGCAACGGUCAUGGCAACUGCAUCACAGAAGGCAAAGUCACUCGCUGCCAGUGCAUGGCUGGUUACAAGGGAGAGUCCUGUCAAGAUACAGAACCUGGGAAAAGCCACGUGGGUGUGAUCCUGGGUGUCCUCUGCCUCAUUGCUGCAUUGUCUGCUGCUUAUAUUUUUGCUAAAAGGAGAGACUGGUUGCCCAUCAGAAGCAGAUCAACGGAGAAAGAUACUCUGAUGGCCAACAUGGGCCUGCCAUUUGAACACUACGAUUCGGACUCAGAGGAGCUCGAGUCCCCAGUAGAUGUGAAGAACCCACCGCUAGCGUUAAAGUUAAGACAACUCAAAUAAGUUCUGCAUUCUGAAAUAUGGCAUUGAAUAAACUGGAAGCUGCUGUGGAUUGUUGCCUUACAUUUUCAUG